AUGAGGAUGCUUUCCAGGGGCUGCCAAGCCGUGAGGAGUAAAGCUCCGAAUGAUGUGGUUGUCCUUUCAGCCGUUCGCAGCCCGAUCACUCGCUCUUUCAAAGGGAAAUUCAAGGAUGCUUGGCCUGAAGAUAUCCUCGCCCCGGUUAUGGCCGAAGCUCCUAGACGUGCCAAGAUCGACCCCCAGGACGUCCAAGAUGUACUUAUCGGCAAUGUCCUCGCUGAGCUCGGUUUCGCCAAAACUGGCAGAAUGGCGCUUCUGCACGCGGGAUUCCCUGUUUCUACGACAUUCCAUACGGUCAAUCGCCAGUGUUCGAGUAGCUUACAGGCCGUCAUGCACCUCGCAAAUUCCAUCAGUGCCGGUCAGAUUGAUGUAGCCAUGGCUGGCGGUGUCGAAAGUAUGUCAAAGAACUAUACGACGCGUGGUGUUCCAAUUGAUGUUGGUCCGACUCUUCGUGCCACACCAGUCAAAUCUGCCGCGGAUUGUCUGAUGCCAAUGGGCAUCACAUCCGAAAACGUGGCGCGUCGGUACGGCGUUGACCGCCAGAUGCAGGACGAGUUUGCCCUCCUCAGCCACACGCGGGCCAUAAAUGCUCAAGCCCAAGGCCGAUUUUACUCCGAGACUGUGCCUGUUGAGUAUAAUAUGCUGGAUUCUGAAAGUGGCGAAAAGACGACUAUCAGAGUGGAAACUGACGACACUAUCCGGCCCGGCGUGACAAUGGAGAAGCUCGCCAAGCUAAAACCAGCCUUUAUAGAAAAUGGCGGAAGUACAGCGGGAAACUCGUCCCAGAUUUCCGACGGUGCAUCAGCAGUGAUUCUUGCUCGUCGGUCCUGGGCUGCUGAACGCGGAAUAGAACCCAUCGGGCGUUUCUUGGGAGCCAAGGUCACUGGCUGCGAGCCAGAUGAGAUGGGAAUCGGGCCUUUACACGCCAUUAACAGUUUGUACAAACACAUCGGCAUGGCGCAGAGAGACGUUGAUAUUUUCGAGCUUAAUGAGGCCUUUGCGAGCCAGACUUUAGCUUGUAUAAACGAGUUAGGCUUGGAUGUUGCCAAGGUUAACCCCAAUGGCGGAGCCAUCGCGCUAGGCCAUCCAACCGGUGCCACAGGGUGCCGACAGCUAGCCACACUUCUUUCGGAGCUUUACAGGCGGGAUGAAGAGGUUGGUGUAAUCAGCAUGUGUGCCAGUACUGGACUUGGCGUAGCCGCUGCUUUUGCCCGAGAGUAG